AUGGGCAAUUCAAAUAGUAACCAACACCAAAAUGAGCAAUUACCAUCCACAGGCAUAUCUCCCAACCGUGAUCCGGUCAUGUCAGAAUUUCUUUCAUUACCCCGAGUCAAUACUCAACAACUACAUCAUAUAUACAAUUCCGCUCAGUUAGAUGAAUUAAAUCGAGAACUAGCCGAAGAAGUUAAAAAACUCUGGGAAAAUAAAUGCCAAUGUACUAAUGAUGCUGAUGCUCAUUCGUGCUUGGCCGCAUUCUAUCACUUAGGCCUAUCGGGUAUAAGCAAAAGUCCACAAAAAGCUUACCAACAUUACACUAUUGCCGCACAAGCCAAUCAUCCUGUCGCUCAGUACAUGAUAUGCGGUUUAUAUACGUGCAAUCCUGACGAAAGAAACUCAUAUGCCCGCUUAUUAGGUAAAGAAGAAUAUGCCAAUACUGUCGUGGAAAACUUUGUUAAAUCGGCUGCUCAGUCAUCGCAUUAUACUUUUGCUCAUAAUGACUUAUGGGAAUCAUACGAAGAUGAUGCGCCACAUUGGAAAUGUGCAGUCAAAAAUUUAAUUCGAUCUCAUCGUGCUAUUAUCGAUAAACCUGGCAAUACCCCCGCCAAUAUUUUAGGUAGAAUAUACAAUGAACUAGGCUACUUGAUAGCCAUGGUAAACUUGAUAGACCAAGACGAUAACCAGGAAAAGUAUCAACUUGCAAUGAAUUACUUCAUCAAGGCUGCAGAACAAUAUGGUAAUCCAGCUGGCUACUUAAAUUUAGCAAAUAUAAUUUAUGCUAAUGGAUUUGGUGCUGAUAAAGAUACAAACAAAGUCCUAGAAUACCGACAGAAGGCUGCUGAUGCUAAUCACUCGCGCGGAUUAUUUUUAAUAGCACUGCAAAACGAUACAACAUCGGUAGCAAACAAAGACAUAGGGCUAAAAUUUGUGGAAAAUAUCGAUAAAUCGUUAAGCUUUAGCUUUACCAAAAACCUUCUCAUUGCAGCAUUGAAUUGCUCAUCUGGUAAUGGCGGCAAGCCGCCUGAUAUGCAGAAAGCUAGCCAAUAUCUGAAGCUAGCAUUGUUUGCACAAGAAUAUAAUGAUCAGGGUUUUAGCGGUUCUGCAGCAGCGUAUGAACUUCUGGGAUAUCUAUACCUUCAUGGCCAAGGUGUCGAACAGAAUAUUCCAAUGGCUAGCACAUGUUAUGCUACCGGAGCGUCACUAGGCUUUCUCAGCAGUAACUUACAUCUAGCUAAAAUGAUUGAAAAAAAGAAAGCACCAAAUGCAACCUUAAAAGAUGCCAUUGCUGUUUACCUGUAUUAUACAUUUAACCAAGAGGCCGACCCGAUCCAUGUUGCUCACUGCCGUUACAGAUUAGGGAAAAUAUUCAACAACAGCAAUGAUCCUGAGCAACAUGAUUCCGUACGAGCUGCAAAAUAUUUUCACAGUGCUGCAAAAAUCUACAAAGAAGUCAUCAAGUCGAAGACCUGCUUGGGCAAGGCAUUUUAUCAUUUGGGUGUCAUGUAUCAUCAUGGAUUUGGAGUAAAGGCUAGCAUUAAACAAGCGAACAGUUACUAUAAAACCGCCAUCAAAAGGAAUAGUGAACAAUAUCGACUUUAUGAUGUUCAUUAUGCUCAAAAAGCUAAGCGAAAACUGGAGCAAUUACCCAAUGUAUAG